AUGGGCAGCUAUGAGCAGCGAGAGCCCGCCAUGGGGGUCUGGGUUUCCGCAUUUGAUAGCCCAGGCCUCCCUCGUUCAAAUCUGGUAUCAACGACGCCGUCAUCGUUUUUUAUGCUGCUGUCGUCAGUCAUGAAACGUUAUGCAAAUGAACGGAUAGGCCACUCACCUCGCGAGGUGUUGUAA